AUGAGUCUCGUCAACAUCCAGUCUGCCGGCCAAUGGCAAGGCAUCCUUAGCAGCACCAAUGUUGUCAUUGCCGACUUCUACGCCGACUGGUGCGGUCCCUGCAAGAUGAUCGCGCCGCACUUCGAACGCCUCGCCAAAGAACACUCCAAGCCGAACAAGGUCGCCUUCUGCAAGAUCAACGUCGACAACCAAUCCACCAUCGCCCGCACCCACGGCGUCAGCGCCAUGCCCACCUUCAUCGUCUUCCACGGCGGCCAGGCCGUCGAGACCAUCAAAGGCGCGAACCCACCCGCCCUGACGCAGGCCAUCCAGAACGCCCUGAAGCUCCCGGACAAGGGCGGCCGCUCCGCCGCCACUUUCACAACCCCCGGCCGAACCCUCGGCGGCGAUAAGCCCGCGCGUGCGAGCCUGCGGCGCCCCGUGCAAUGGCAGCUGCGCGACUUCUUCAGCAACAUUAUCACCUUCAUCGGGCUGUACCUCGUCUCGCUAUUUGCGAUUGACCCCCACAAGGCGGCCGAGAUGUCGCAGUUCAACCGCGUGAAUCCGCCCGCCCCCGUGGUCAAGCCUGCCAAGGGCGCCGCCGGCUCUGGUACGAGGCAGGCCCCGAAGGGUCCGGCUUUCAAGACAUUGGCGGACCUGGGAGGUGACGAAUAG